AGGUGUCAAUCUCGUGCCCCUCCCAAUACCCACCGAGUCUCUCGUUGCCUCUGUCUCCGCUGCGGGCUUCUACUUCCUGGGAAGGAGACGAUUGGAAGUGGCGGUCGGAGUUUGCGGAGUCUAUGUGUCUCCUGCUGUGGCCUGCAGUCCCUCGCUGCUGCAGACCUGGAGGCAGCAAGGAAACGAGACGAGCCCGGGUCGCCUAGCCGGCCCGCAUGUAAGCCGGUCCCGGAGCAGCAGGAGCGACGGCCUCGACCGUCCGCCUCCUUGACGGAUAUGGAGGCCAGCCUGACGUGCGCCGUGUGCCUGUCCCUCUUCGAGGAGCCGGUGACGCUGCCCCUCUGUUCGCACAACUUCUGCCGGGACUGCGUGCUGGAGUGCCUGGCCUCGGCCGAGGCCGCCCGCCUGCAGCAGCAACGGGGCCAGGGACAGGCCCGCCUCUCCCGGGGGACGCUGGGGCUGGGCGGCGGUGCGGCCGGCGCCCGGGUGUCGUGCCCGCUGUGUAGGAAGCUGUGCCCGCUGCCCCGUGGCGGAGCCGCCGCGCUGCCCGUCAACACCACCCUGGCGGAGGUGGUGAAGCUCUACCGGUCUGGAACGGCGGGGGCCGCCAAGGCGGGGGAGGCAGAGCAGGGGCUUUCCUCGAUGGCGUUCGGGGGAACCUGCCAAAAGCAUCCAAGCCGGCUGGUGCAGCUCUACUGCCGGAUGUGCCGCCAGGCGGGGUGCGGGCAGUGCGUUUCUGAGGACCACCAAGGCAUCUUCCACUCUGUCAACCUCAUAGACACUGUUUACCAGGAGGAAAAAUUAACCUUCUUCAGCAGUUUGAAAAAACUAAGAGUAAUAAAUGAGAAGCUGAUGAAGGAAAUCUCAAGUCAACCGAAUGAUACGGAUAUGGUGCUGAACAAUGAUGCAGAGAUAAUUGUACUGGAAUUUGGAGAAAUUUUCAAAACUCUGGAAAUGAAGAAAAGACAAUUGCUAGAGGAUGUUGAAAAUCAAAGAAGUAAAAAAGAGAAAGAAUUUCAGAUUUGGAAGAAAAUGAAGGAAGCUCACAAGAAAACCAUUGAGAACUUUUUGAAGGAUUGUGACAAGCUUGUCCAUGAGUGUGAUCCUCAGCGUUUCCUGGAGGUGGCCUGUGGCUUGAAUACAAGAAUGAAAACUCAGCUUGACCUGAUGAAUAUAGCGUCCAGCUAUGAAAAACCACCAGAAUAUACUCAAAAAAAGAUGGAUAUCAAACCUGUGGUUAAUGAAAUCUUGGCUUUGAAGUUAGUGCCUGUUAAUGGAGGCAUUGUUAAAGGCCUAUCUUCUGAAGGAACUGAGAACUCGACAAAAACUGCUCUAUUUAAAAAUGACCUAAAGCAAUGGCAGGACCAGAAGAACACACCAAACACAUUUUUUCCUGUAGCAGGACAGGAAGAAGCACUGUCAGAUGGUAGCAGGAUCUGUACUCGCUUAAUGUCAAUAUCAGAAAUGUCAGCAUUUCAAAACAUGAGUCAUGAGGAAUUACGUUAUAAAUACUAUAUGGAAUGUAAGCAGCUCACCAAUGAGUUCAAGACACAGACUUUACCUGCAAAUAAAAAGUAUAAACUUGUAACUGCUGAGGUGUUGAAGGAUAGGUCCUCAGGAACUCCUUUUUUAUCUUCACAUAUCAAAGCAAGUAACACGGAUAAAAUAAAAACAGGAAACCUAGAAAGAGCACGUGGCUUUGAAAGAAGCUUUUCUGGAGUCCGUAAUCACAGCAUCCCAUCCACAAAUACGAACUUUUCUGAAACGUGUGGUGACUCAAAAUUACUUCAUGAGAGAAGUUCCCAGGAAGUAACCACUCCAUCCUUAUCAGAAAACUCUAAAGACCUGGUAACUAAAGAAAAACUGCCGAUACAGGCAUCAGCAGUUACUGUUUCUAAUGAAAUAGAUGCAAAUUCUAGUACUUCUACUGGCUUAAAACCUACAGCAUCAGUAGCUGUUACUGGUUCAAAUUCAGAAUUUCUAGAUGUUUCUGUAGAGAGACUUUCUGUUUCACCUUUUGCUUUUGGUGCAUGUAACAACUCAUUGCCAGGAUUUAUUAAAGAUGCAUGUACCCCUUCCUUUAAAAAGAAGGACAGGAAAUAUGUUUUCCCUCAGUUUUAUCUUGGAAAAGGUGAUCAUGAAGAUAAAACCCAUAACCAGGAUGAAAGCAAAUUUAGAAAACAUGGUCCUGUGACCAAAACCACAGUUUCUGAUGCUUCAACCAGUCCUAAUUCAGACUCCAAACAACAGGAUAAGCCUGAUCUUUAUUUUCCUGUUUGUAAUUCAGAAAGAGAUUGUUUUGCAGGAUUGGGAGGCAGCAAUUCAUUUAAGUUUUUUCCAUUAUCUGCAAAUUUUAGCCAAUCUGAGAAGCCAUCUGACAAAAAUGCAUCAUCUCAAGUGAGAGAAAGAAUACCUUCUGCAGAAGAAACUGUAGAAUAUGGUAAACAGAAGUCAUCUGCCUCAUGGGAACAAAAAGCUAAUGCCUCAGAGUCUGUCACAAAUGUUGCUUACAGUACUUCAGAAACCAACACCACAAGUGAGGUGAAUGAUGUCUCCAAGUGCCCUCUUCUCCACAAUAGUUGUUUAUUUUCCUUCAGCAAUAACUCUUCUCAGUUGCCCUCACCAGUAUUUACAUUUGGAAGUAUUGUUAGAAAUACCUCUGAUUCACUGACUUCCUCCAUGGCUUUAGCUGGAAAUGGUACUGAAAAAACAGAAAAAGAGAAGGUGACUUGCCCUGACAAAAGACCUCUCGAUCUAGGGAAGCCUGUAUCUUCAAAAUGUGCAGAACCUGCUUCUAGACAUAGUCAUCCAAAAUAUGAAGGUUCAUUCUUUCCCACAAACUCAUUAAAGAAAACCGAAAGCGCAGAAAUGCUUGCUGAUGACAGUUCUUGUAGUCAGCCUUUAUGUUCAGUUGUUCUUUCUGUUAAAUAUGAGAAUGCAUCUUCCCCUCCGCUUAACAAAGACACAAACCAAGAUACAAAUGAGAAAGAUGAAGAAAAUGAAACUGUGGAUGCAAACGACUGUUCUGGAAAGACAAACGAACCUGACUCCGUACAGUUUCAGAAUGCAGCUCGUUUUGUACCUGGCAUGCUCAGUGAUCCAUCUUUAGGAAGUUCUGGGCUUACAGUAAAUGAGGCAGGAGGAAUGCCAAGUGACAGUGAUUCAGACAAUGAAGAACUAAGCCAGACAUCUGUCUCAACUGAUACCAGCAGUGCAUCAGAGUAUUUUUCUGUUGCUGAAGAUAAAAUAUCUACUAGAAGAAAAUCAGAGACAUGAAGAGCAUUAAAUAGAAGAUAACUAUAAAUAAGCUGGAAUUAAAUAAAUGCUGCGUAACGCAUUAAGAAAUGGGAAUACCUGUGAUUUUACAGCUAUUGUUCUCCCUUAUUCUUGCCAACUGAGGUAUCUCUGUGUUAGAAAUAAAUGCUUACCUGCAAAUAAAUAUAGUGUACUAAAGUGAUUUUUGUAGUACAAACCCAAGCUGAACAACCAACUAAGAAUGUCAUGUCUUGCUAUAACUCAAGUAUGACUGUAUGUGCUGUCUGUUUAAGAAUGCACACUUUCCAAGAAGUGCCACCACGUGUGUGGAACGUGGGUUGUGGUGCACUGAUGUAUCCCAGAAAGAAAGUUCAGUGAAACCCCUGCAGCAGGAAGCAGGAUAUUGCACUUACACUGGGGUUAAAUCAGUAAGAGAGCACAGACCAUAGCAUUCGUCUGGAAAGGAAGGAGAGACAUGUGGAAAAUAAGGAGUGUUGAAGGGCAUUACUGAAAAUUGGUUUGCAAUACUCCCUUUGGAUGUUUUUCUAUGUUGUAUUUAAUGUCUAUCAAAAGUGCAAAUUCAAGUGUAAUUUCAGCAAUAUCUCUUAUGCCUUUGAAACUGGCGCAUAAUAGGCCACAUCAGCAUUCUUGUUACACGUCUCACAAGGGUUUCACCUAUACUUCUGAAAUGCUGUGUAUGAAAAGUAACCAUCACAACUCAAUGUCAGUUCCUUUUGGCACCAAUUUUUAAGAGUUGUCUUUCUGCAUGUCAGAAUCAGUUGACAGAUACUAUCUGUUUUGAUGAAAGCAUUAGGAGAAUCUAGAUUUUAAAACACAAAAAUCUCAUAACUUAAAAGAUUUGUGUUAGGACAGGAAAAAAAUGGAAAACAGCACUUCUUAUUGUAAGUAAUAAUGAUCCAGAACUCAUUGACUUUUUAGCUGUUGAAAUGUGAUACAAACUGAAGAUAAAAAAUGCUUUAUUUUCUAAUUAUUUUUUUUUUCAUGUAAAAGAUAAUUCUGCCUUAGAUUAGAAUACAUAGGCAGUAAUACUGUUUCAGGUUAAAGCUCUGUUUCAUUAAUGUUCACUCUCCAGCAAGAAUUGGUGCCAUAUUUUAAAUAAAUUAAUCCUGCACUAGGUAGAUAAGUCAACUGGUAGAUAAGUCAACUGGUAUGUAUGAGAUCAGAAUGUUUAACAUCCCUUCAGAAUUUGUCACCAGCAACUAGUUAUGCUUAAAGAAAAAAAAUAAAAUUCCAGAUUAUAUAUGUAACUUCAUAACAGAAAUAUUACUUAAAUUUAAAUCUCUGCUAGGCUUAGCAAUAUAUUUGCUGCUAGAGAAUACUUUCAAAUACUAUUCUUGGUUUAGGAAACGACCUAAUUUUAAAUUGAUUUGUGUUAAACUCCUGAACUUAGAUUUUCUGCCACAGUGCAUUCCUCUAUUAAAAAGUUCUGAAAAAGAGUUUCUAGAAUGUAUAGAGCUUAGUAAUCAUCCCUUUGUAUCUGCAUUAUAGCAAGAAAGGUGGUGAAAUAAUUAUUGUUAGUUUUAUGGUUAUUUAUAUUAAGUCUUACUGUGUUGCAGUUUUCUCCUAAGAGUUAUUCUGCUUGUAUCUCUAGGAAAUCUUGUCAUGUCCUUCUGCAUGUGUAGGAGUGAAGUGUUUAAGGGGUAUUAAGUUAAAUUACCAAGUGACAAAGGCUGGGGGAGAUGAUAAUGGCCAGAAGUGUUACAGGUGGAGGUUGAUCUCAUUAUAAUGAAAAUAAGAGAAAUUGAACAAUUUUAGAGAGACAGGUAAGACACCUUGUUGCCAGAAGAAAGUUGUAGAAAAUGUUUGUUUCUUAAAAUAACAAAAAAAUCCUUAUGAGUUAUUCAGGGUUAUUCAGAAACCCUAACAAAUCUCUUCAUGCCUCUUAACAGUUUCAUGAGAGUCUGAAGAACUUUAAAGCAGAUGCGUUGUCUUUUAGUGAAAGAACACCAUUAUAAAAUUUUAAAGCAAAUAAACAGCUAUGUUGCUUUAUUUUUCAAAAGCAGAAAUUGUUGGUGUGUGACUUCCUUACAGUCCGAGGGCUGCUUUUCAAUCAUGGUAAGUUUUUAUUGAAGUGUAUUAUAGCUCAGCAUGAAGUUUUUACAGGGCGAUAAAUGUUAGGAUGUUUUAUUUACAAUAGGUCACAGUAAAGUUACAGUCCACUCAGAUGUUGAAUCAAUAAAAUUACCAAUUUUUCUUGUAUUU